AUGAGGACAUCUAAGUGCUUGAACUGCUUCCAGGAGACUAUCAUCUGCUGCCUUUGCUGUUUUAGGGCAAGAAGAAGGUACCAGAUCUGCUUUCUGUUCCAGGGCUUGCUUACAGGGUGUUUUAAGACAGCAUCAACUUGAGGUGCUCCUAUGAAGAUUUACUUAGCUAUGUCAAUGGUGCCUCUACGGUCAUGAUUCAACUUAAUAAUUUGCUUUUAGCAUUGUGGCAUCAGUGUCUUACCCUAUUCAGUGUGAGAUAACCGGCAUCAUAUAACCAACAUGCUUGGCUCUCAUCAACCAUUUUUGAGUUCAUAUACCAAUCAUUUAGGAACUUUCAUCACUGUAACUAAGCCAAAUUUUAUUGCCUGUGCAACUUUUUCUGAAUGCUAGAUGAAUGCACAUGAAUCUGAGAGUUUUACCAUUUUAAACUUACCAAAUGUGUGGUCUUUUUUUCUAUGCUAGAGGAAGAGGGCUUUGGAAGGAACUUAGAAGGGUGUAUUUUAAAGGUCUAACAGCCUAUAUUUACACAUUUUACUUUGCUGCAUCUUUUGUGAUUUUAAAUCUGUACUUGAGUUCUCUCACCAAAGAGUAUUUGCCCCAUACCUGGAUCUUGAUAACCAGGAAUUCUCCUUUUAUGGCUACUUUAUCCUUGCAGCCAACAUUCAGGUGCUUUGUACUUUGUACUUACUAAAUGCGUAAUGGGGUUCCCUAGAACGUGCAGGCUAGACAAGCCCCCCUAGACAGCAACACAUGUGCACUGUAGACGCUGGUAGACCACAGAACCCCCUUUGUGGGGUUGGGAACCCUACUCUAUUUCCAGCUGCUUAGGCAGGGUUGCAAGCAUAGGCCCCAUCUGCACCAUGCACCUGAAGUGCUAGGAAAACACUUUAAGCAGUCAAAAGAAUUAUGGGAGCUGUAUUUUGUUGAGGAUGUUGUGAGUUGGUUGGAGGCCCCCAUUCCCUCACAUAACGGCAAUUCUUGUUAAAUCACCCUGGGAUUUGUAGCUCUUUUAGGGGAAUAGAUAUCUCCUAACAACUUUCAGUGCCCUUAACAAACUACAGCUCCUAUAAUUAUUUUGGGGGAAGACAUGGCUACUUAAAGUGCUUUCAGUAUGUGGUGUGAGUGUGGCAGUAAGGCACAGGAGCAAGGUGGCAACAUUGUGCCCAAUGGCUUCAUGGAAAAGAUAGGUGUAAUGCGAGCAGGAACCAAAGUAAUUCAGAAAUGGUUAUAUGGUGGGAAUCAAUUCUAGAAGACACCAGCAGGGAAAGGAAGCCAAUUAGAUCUGACUAGCUUCACUUUUGCAUAUAGUUUGGCAGCAGCCCACAGCUAAAGAAAAUUUGUUGCUUCUAAUUCAGUCUCUGUGGCUCAUUUGUCAUCUUGCAAAUACAACAGACGCUGAGGAGGAAUCUAAGAGGGGGAAGGAGAGAGGUGGCAUCCCGUAGGUGUUCUAGGAGUUUGUUGUUGGGAUAAAGGGCAGGGAGGGAAAAGUGGGAAGGAGAUUGACAGAGCUGAGUGUAGUGCAGCUGGAGCAGUGAAGGCUGGAGCAGCUGGUGCUCAUUGGAACUGGUGUGGCAGAAGGAAUGGAGGCCAAUGGUAGGUGGAGCCUGAAAGUCAAAGACAGACAGGGCCUACUAACUCUAGCUUUGUCCCAAACCUCCUCUCUGCUGAGUUUCACAAGGGAAACUCUGAGACUGAGAAGCAGGAAGCUGCCAGUCAAGGGGCUACUACCCUUGGGCUAGUUGUAAAUAAGGAAGUAGGUAGGUGGGAACAAGUUGAAGGCACUCACCUUACCAGCCACCACUGAGUGAAGACAAGGAUGUCUUGGCACAUACAAGCAGAGAGAUAAGGGAGGCCAUGGCCACAGCAAGCUUUAAAUAUUAUGAUUCCAUAGAAAGUGAAGCUAGCUCACCCCAGUCCUUAUCCCUUCAGAUCUCCAUCUGAUGAUCAAUUUGGUUCCUUUGCAGUUCAGUGAAAAGGAUGCUUGACUUUUCUGGAACCAAGUGGAACACACGAGGUGUGGAGCCAGUGAUAGUCCACGACAUCUUAUCCAAUGACAUUCCGGAUCUCAGGGAUAGCAACAGUUUGGAGAUUGCUGCUAUGAUGCACGGGACAAAGGACGAUGAGGAUCUGCUUAACAGUGCUUCUGAGCUGUGUCUAGAACAGAACAUGGAACAGACAGAUGUUCUGGUAAAGCUACAUGUGGAAGAGUGGAAGGGCUAUGACACACUGGCCAGCAAUGAAGCAGAAGCAUGUGGCACAACAGAGAAACCAACAGAGCAGGAAAUUAAGAAGAAAGAACCUGAUGAUACCUGUGUGGGUGAUGAAGAAGAAAAGAGUCAUUCUGGACCAGCAGGAGAAGACUGA